AUGGAGAACGGCAACGUGGCAACCCAAGCCGAGGGUAAGGACCCCGCUGGUUUCCUCUCGGACAUCCUCUUCAAGCCCGUCACCGUCAAGCUGAACUCGGGCGUCGUUUACAAGGGCGAGUUGCAGUCUGUGGAUGGCUACAUGAACAUCGCCCUGGAGAAGACUGAGGAGUACGUCAAUGGCGCGAAGAGAAGGACCUACGGUGACGCGUUCGUGAGAGGCAACAAUGUUAUGUACAUCUCAGCCGAGUCGUGA